AUGCAGGCCAUCAAGUGUGUGGUUGUGGGCGAUGGAGCCGUGGGGAAGACCUGCCUCCUCAUCAGCUACACCACCAAUGCCUUUCCUGGAGAGUACAUCCCCACAGUGUUUGAUAACUACUCUGCUAAUGUGAUGGUGGAUAGUAAGCCGGUGAACCUGGGCCUAUGGGAUACUGCGGGACAGGAGGACUACGACAGGCUCCGCCCCCUGUCCUACCCCCAGACGGAUGUCUUCCUGAUUUGCUUUUCGCUGGUGAGCCCCGCCUCCUACGAGAACGUCAGAGCUAAGUGGUACCCGGAGGUGCGUCACCACUGCCCCUCCACUCCCAUCAUCCUGGUGGGGACAAAACUGGAUCUGAGGGAUGAAAAGGACACCAUCGAGAAGCUCAAGGAGAAGAAACUGUCCCCCAUGACUUACCCUCAAGGCCUGGCUCUGGCCAAGGAGAUCGACUCAGUGAAGUACCUGGAGUGCUCUGCUCUGACUCAGCGUGGUCUGAAGACAGUAUUCGACGAGGCCAUCCGUGCUGUGCUCUGUCCCCCUCCAGCUCGGGCCAAGGGAAAGAAGUGUGUCCUGCUCUGA